CCCUUUUGCCCCUCCUUGAUUGAAAACUUUAAAGUCAACAGGAAGAAGGAAAAUGAAUUCAAGAACUUCCCCUAAGUGUUUCAAGUUUAGUCACCCCAUAUCUUGAUAAAAAGGGUCUGCCCCUAGUCCUAGCCCUUCCCAGCCAGAGGCUACUGCGAGAAGACUGACUGCUUCCUGGGCACCACAUAGCCCUCUGUGCUUUGGUGGGGGUGGUCUGCUCGCAGCCGGCAGCAGUGCAGAAAGCAAGAUAAGAUGGCAGGCUUGGGGUCCAGCGCCAAACAGGAGCCCGAGAUCGAGCUUUUUGUCAAGGCUGGUUUUGAUGGGGAGAGCAUUGGAAAUUGUCCCUUUUGCCAACGCCUCUUCAUGGUCCUCUGGUUGAAAGGAGUCAAGUUCAAUGUGACAACUGUUGACAUGACCAGGAAACCGAUAGAGCUGAAAGAGCUAGCCCCGGGAACCAGUCCUCCUUUUUUGUUGUUUAACAAGGAACUGAAGACAGACUUCAUUAAAAUCGAGGAGUUUCUAGAGCAGGUCCUGGCUCCUCCAAGGUAUCCACGUCUGAGUCCCAAGUAUAUGGAGUCCUUUGAUGUGGGGUCUAACAUCUUUGCCAAGUUUUCUGCAUAUAUUAAGAACACACAAAAGGAUACCAAUAAACAUCUGGAGAAAGCUUUGCUGAAGGAAUUUAAGCGUCUAGACAUCUAUCUGAAUACCCCUCUUCCCGAGGAAAUUGAUCAUGACACCAUCGACGAAAUCGUGGUCUCCAGAAGGAUGUUCCUGGAUGGAGAUCAGCUGACCCUGGCGGACUGCAACCUGCUCCCAAAGCUGCAUAUCAUCAAGGUGGUUGCCAAGAAAUAUCGGAACUUUGACAUCCCCCAGGAAUUCUCUGGAGUCUGGCGCUAUCUGGGAAAUGCUUACGCCCGAGAGGAGUUCAGCCACACAUGCCCUGCAGAUAAGGAGAUCGAAAACACUUACGCAUCUGUGGCUAAAAAAUGAAAAAUUCAGGCUGCGUGUUCCAAAGCAAUGAUAGCCAUGCAGGCUACCUUUUGUAUCACAUCCCUACUUCUGCUAGAAAUGUCGGUAAAAAUGUUUAGUUUGAAAGAGUAUUCUCUGCUUUCUGUCUAGCCAGCCAUACCCAGAAUCCACCUGCAAUUUCUGUGUGGCCUCAGGCUUUCCCAAGCUUCCAGCAUCCUGAUGGCAAAUCCAUUUGAUUCCCGAAUCCCUAAAAUGUGUUAGGUAAAUCUCAACAGAAUCAGAGUCUAAAUUGUCUGGUGAACUUGAUACCCCAGCCCAAGAUCCUGGAUGAAAUCAUUUAAGCGGUGAAGCGUCUCUUAACACUACCCCGACUUUGGAGCUCCCCUUACAAAGUGGGCCUUUGUCGGGUCAAUUUGUUUUACAAGCAAGACAUCGGCAGGUCAAGAUUCUGAACCUGAAAAAAACCUAUAUUCCUGGCCUCCCCCGCCCCCGUCUAAGCGCCCAUUCCACUUGAGUCAGGGGAAGAGAAUAAGCAUUUGUAUGGCACCUACCGUGUGCCAGAUUCUGUGAUAAGUAUUCCAAAAUAAUGAAAGCCAACCCUCCAGUCUUAGGAACGUCAAUACACCUCAUGCUUCUAGAUGAUUAGACUAUAUCCGUCACUAUAUUGAAAUGCUACCAAACUGUUAACUGAUUAUUAGCCAUCUAUCAAUGAUAAACCCAAGUAAAAUGAUGAAAAGCCGAGAUGCAGACAUGUUCUGUCAUAAAAUGGACUCAGCGAUUGAAGUCACUAGCUUAAAAUUUUCUAUCCCCGGUACAACAUAGUUAAUAUUUUUCUUGCUUUUAGUAGAACAGCGGAUGAUGCUCCCCUCCCCCACAAUUUAGGUAAACUAUAGAAAAAGGGAGAUAUGGAGGGAAAUCUCUAGCCCCCAAGGGACUUUGAUUUUCCCUCAAAGAGGGACAGAACUCCCAAAUUUAAAAGACGCACCAGUAGAUAUAGGGCUAAAUUGCUCUGUGUGUGCAUAUAAAUCAAAUGUGGUAUUUCUCUAUCCAUAGAUUUGAGGAAAACUUGGCAGCAUAUAUUACGCCCCUACUACGUGCUAAGUGUCAGGGAUACAAAGGAAGGCAAAAAUACAGUUCUCAAGGAGCCCACCCUUUAUGGAGAGCCGGAGCAGAGGGAAGGUUCUAAAAUUAAGAGGGAGCAGGAAAGACGUGCUGCAGGAAGUAAGUCUUCAGCUGAGACUCAGAGGGAGCCAAGGGAGCCCAGCAGGGGAGAUGAGAAGAGGAAACACUCUAGGCAUAAGGAACAGCCAAUGAAAACAUUCGGAAAUUGGGAGAUGGAGUGUGUUGUUUGAAGAACAACAAGGGGGUUAUAGUGUCACAUUGGAUCAUGUUAGGAUGGGGUGGAAUAAGGUGUAAGAAGACUAGAAAGGAAGGAGGGGGCUUGAUGCUGAAGAAAUACGAAGGGGGGUUGUAUUUGAUCCUGGAGGCAAUAGGGAGCCGCAGGAGUUAAUUGAAUAAGGAGGUGACGUGAUCCAACCUGCAAUUUGGAAAGAUCCUUUCGGUGGCUGGAUUGAAGAUGGACUGGAGUGGGGAGAGACCUGUGGCAGGUAGACCCUCCCAGAAGCUAUUGCAAUCAUCUGGGCGGGAGGUGGUGAGGGUCUGCACCAGGCUGAGGGCGGUACCUGAGAAUUGGGGCAUAUUCGAGAGAUAACUCCAAGGUAGAAACAAUAGGACUUAAAUGAUUAUCCAGAUGAUUAUUCAAAGGAAUCAUCCAUGCUGUACACACAGGGCAACGCAGAAUAAAGUACUGGGUAAAUAUUAGCUAUUUUUGAAAAAUAAAAUAUCACUGAGAGGCAGCCUUGGCCUAGUGAACAGAGAGCUCGGAGCCAAGAGAGCUGGCUUCAGAUCCAGCCUAUUGUAGGGAACUAGAAAAGUUACUUCCAUUCCUAAUUCUGGCAGUCCGAAAAAUCACAGAAAAGGCACCCGACUGAUGGAUGGGCUUUCAUCUCCUUGGCGUUUCCUAAGCCAGUAGAAGCACCUCUGGUCUGGGCUUUAAGUCAAACACCAGCACAUGUUAUUCACAGACAAAUCAGUGAACAGAAGCUCUGGAAUCCUGAGACUGUUUUGGUAUUAAAACAUGUAUUCUUCUUCUUACAUUAUUAUUAGUCACUUUUUCCUAUUUUAUAACAUCCUGAAUAAAAACCAAGUUUGUACUUUC